AUGCAGGACCCGCUCUCACUGGACAUCCCGUACUGCCCGGCUCCAAGGCACAGGCGCAGGAGCCUGCAGAGCCCCCUACGCAGCAACAGCAGCGGCCCACUUGACUUUGCAGCCAUCCAUCCGUCCUCAGACUCAGCGGACCUCAUUGAAGUGAAUGAGCCGCUAGACCCGGAGCAGAGCAGCAGCUUGUUGCACCUGCGCCGCCCUUGCUCCCCAUGCCAGUCUGAGGUGUUCAUAAGAGCGAGCCACUCAGACCUGCCAGACAGCAACACUGUGGAGACCGGACUCUUCUCACACAGUGAAGAGAUCGCACAGAGCACAGCGAGUGAGCUGCAGAGGCAGGCUAUAACGGAGGCUGGCGGCUGCGGCUCAUCACCAGCCCCGCAGCCGCGCAGCCGCCGCAGCACCCGCAGCGACGGCAGCGGGGGCCGGCGGCUAUCCGGGGAUGCACCUGCAUACAUGCAGAGCACCGCGUCCGUGCGCGCCAAGCAGAGCAGCCGGCGGGAGCAGCCGAAUGCCAAGCGCUGGACUAACUCCGUGGUGCUGACCGGACCAGGAGGAGCUCUGAUCGACAUCAACAUCACAGCCGACCCCUUGAGCCCCGGAGAGGGCUACUACUUUGGAGGGCGGUUCUUCUUCAGGGUUACAAAUGCUCGGGGUGUGCCCCUUACGGUCCGCAUUCUAAAUGCUGACUACCCCUAUGACUGGCCCCCCAACUACUCUGUCCGCGCCACCUACGACCGCGAAUUCUGGUUCCAGGUCGCCACCGGAUACACCUUCCUCAACGAUUUGCAAUUUGACGGCGCCCGGGGCAUUCUGGAAUUCCAGCUCACUCCCACAGAAGACGUCGUGUACUUUGCCUCCUGGGCAGUGCACACUUACGAGCGCGAGUCCCUCAAUGUGGCCCGCUGGAUCAAGAGCCCCUCUGUCAAAGUCCAGACAAUUGGACAGUCGCUGGACAACAGGGACAUCCAGAUGGUCAUCAUUGGAUCCCCAGGCACCGGCCGCAACAUCUGGGUGACCACAGGCCAGCAUCCUUCAGAGCGCCAGGGCCCUUGGUUCGUUGAGGGCCUCAUUGAUCGACUGAUCGACAACACAGACCCAACCUCGCGCGCUCUGCUGCAGCGCUCUACCUGGUAUGUGGUGCCAAACAUGAAUCCGGAUGGUAAUUAUCUGGGCUACCACCGCACGAACCGCAAUGGCAUCAACCUCAACAGAGCCUGGGGGCCGCGCACCACCUCUGACUCACCCGAGACCUUUGCUGUCCAGGCCGCCAUGAAUGUCUCAGGUCAAAAUCCUGACUUCUACAUGGAUAUCCAUGCCAACGAGCAGUGGGAAUAUAAUUUCUGGUUCUACCCUUCACCUCCAGGAUUUGAUGCCGAGGUCAACAUCACGCGCUUCGCGUUCGAGAGGAACAUGAAGGCGACAAACCCAGAGUAUCUGGGGGAGGAGAGUGGGUAUCUGCCACCAGAUGACACGCUCCAGGGACCCACCUACUUCUCAGAUGCCUACACAGCCAACAGGUUCCACUGCGUUGGCACAACCAUGGAACUGACCAUCAAGGAUCUGCCCUUCUCCAAGGAUCCGGUGACCGGCUUCAGCCCACAGCGCGCCAAGAGCUGGGGAGCCCGAACUCUGGACGCCGUCCUCCUCACCCUUCCAUAUAUUCGCAACCCCACGGGAGAGGUGAACGUUACUCAGCCAACGCCCAUCCCUCCCUACAGCCCAACUCCCUCCAAGGCGCCGCCCCCGUUGCUGUCCAAGGUUCAGGCAGUCAAAGAGAGCCUCAAAAACCUGACAUCCGAUAUUACUGAGACUAUCAUCAUCACUCCUGGACGUACGGGCUCGCCUGUGGCAGAGCUUCCUGGAGAUCUCAAGGCAGUCUCAGACGCCAUCCUGAAGGGGGGCUUCUGCGGUGGCCGUUACCCUUACGCUCAGCACAGCCCUCCCCGAGCUCGCACUCCUUCCCCGCCUCGCCAGGCGGUGGAUCUUCGCGAGUUGAACGACGCCUACGUCAUUUUUGUCGAUGUCCCAGGCUUCUCCCGUGAGGAUAUAACUGUGAAAGUGGAAGACAAGAACCUCUUCAUCUCUGCAUCAGACAAGAGCAGCAACGGCGACCACAGCGCCGCAGGCCUCUCCAGGGAUCUGGUUGCUGAGAGGCAGCGCAGUGGAGUCAGGCGAAGCUGGCGGCUGCCCAGGGACGCCAUCCUAGACGGCAUCCACGCCAAAGUGACCAACGGAGAGCUCGUCAUCAUCGUUCCCAAGCGCAAGGCUUUCACCGUGCCUGUGUUGGGUGCCGACAGCAAGCCUGCCGCACUCAUGGAACCUGCCAAGCAGUCAGCACUUCCUGCCGUGAGCGAAGCUGCGCCUGUUCUGGCAACGCCCUCGGAGCCAGCCUAUGCUGAGUCACCCGCUGAGUCACCUGCUGCGGCUGUGGAGCCUGCGGUGGCUGUGGAGCAGGUGCCUGACCAGGACGCUGCCAUGGCAGAUGCUGAGGAGAGCGAUGGCUCCUGGGAGGAUCUGAGCGAUGAGGAGAGGGAGGCAGAGGAAGCCGCCCGCCGCGCAAAGGGGAAGCUUCCUCUGGAGGGCCCUGUGUUGGAGGAGAUUGAGCGCCAGGAGGCCGAAAUGCGCGCCCAGCAGCAAGACAGUGACUCCGACUAGGGGCCGCAGCAAAUUGACAUUUCUGCAGGCAGCUCCUUUAGAGUAGUGCCUGAUGGAUACUGUGUUAGGAAAAUUGAUUCUCUGAGGAUGGGGUGCUCCCGCAUGAAUGCAACCGAUUCAAAAGAUGGAAUCUUGUAUUUAGCGACUGCACUGAAUUACAGUGUGUCUGAUGCUGCGGACUUUUCUAGCCUUCAAGAAGCGUCGUUGUACUGUAGUUGUGCAGGGCUGGGAAAUGUGCCAGUUAAAACUUACAGAGUUGUGUUUAUAUACAUAUAUAUGGAGCAUUAGGCAUGAGCGCUGAAAAAUCAGGUGCCUUCUGUAAUCUCACAAGGCAGUGCCUUCAAACU